CUCUCUUAAGGCCGUAACAGCAGCUGGAGAGAUUAGAAGAGGGGAAGACGGACACACAUACACACACUUAUCCAUAUCUAGAAGCAGCCAGCAACCCAAGUCAGACCUAUGUUGAUGCAGCUGACAGGAGUCGAUCUCGUUUGGACCAAGGGGGAUAGACUCGCUGUUAUCAGACCCCGGGCCCCUGAUCCAAGAGCUAGUGACUGAGACAAAGGGUCUGGACGGAUCCGCUGGGUAUGAGGGCGUCAUUGCCGGACCGCUGACUUCUUUGAAGCCCACAAAUCACCCUGGACUCACUUGGUGACCCUGGAGUGUUUUAUGGGAAAAACACUAAACGAUUCUGGAACUUUUUUUAAAAGGUGUUGAGAAUACAUUCGGAAGUCCUUCGGGCUUGUUGGAAGCUUUUGAAUCGGUGGGGGGGGAAACGUUUUGAGAGGUUGAGAGCGACUCAACCCUCUUAAAAAAAUCUGUUGGGAUCGACGGUUGACUACGUUUUAGCCAUGAGCUGCUUCGGCUACCGGCGGGAGCUCAGCAAGUACGACGUGGACGAGGACGAGCUCCUGGCCUCCCUCACGGAGGAGCUGGCCGAGCUGGAGAAGGAGCUGACGGACAUCGACCCGGACGCCAACGUACCCACCGGGCUGAGACAGAGGGACCAGACGGACAAGACCCCCACGGGGACCUUCAGCAGGGACGCCCUCAUGAAGUACUGGGAGUGCGAGACGCAGAAACUGAUGGAGGAUGAGAUCAGCGGGGGCAGUCCUAAAAUGGAUGGGGAACAGGAAACGGAAUGCGUGACGGAAAACAGCAGCGAGGCAGAGGACGAAAAAGACGACGUCACAGAGAAAGUAAUAAAGAAAUCGAUGAAUGAAAGGGAGGAAGACGAGGAAGAAGAUGAAAACAAGGAUGAAGAGGAUAAAGAGAGUGAGGAGGAAGAGGAGUUGGAGACAGAAGAAGAGGAGGAGGAGGAAGAAGAAGAGGAGGCUGAGACAGAGGAGGACGAAGAGGAGGAGGAGGAAGAGACUAAAACAAAACCAGAACAGCCAAAGUGUUCUGGGGUCGGCUCCAGUUUCUCUGUGGAAAGAGCUGACUCAGCUCUUACCACACAGGAAGACACUCCUAAGCUCUUAAAACCUCAGAGGGUGGAGCCUAUUCGUGUGACUCCGCCCCCUCCAGCAGCGGACUGCAACGCCACUGGGAACCCCACCAUCGUCGACGAUGUUCUGGAACGUAUCCUAAGCGACGACCCGGAACUAACAGAGGUCAACCUCAACAACAUCGAUGACAUCUCCAAGGAGAACCUGAUCCGCUUCGCCGAGGCCCUGCGGUCCAACGGCCACGUGCAGACCUUCAGCCUGGCCAACACGCGGGCGGACGACGCCGUGGCCCUGGCCAUCGCCAAGAUGCUGGCCGAGAACUCGUCCAUCGUCAGCCUCAACGUCGAGUCCAACUACGUCAGCGGCAAGGGGGUGAUGGCGCUGGUCCAAGCCCUCCCGCGCAACCACACCCUGACCCAGCUGCGCUUCCACAACCAGAGGCACAUGUGUGGAGGACAGGUGGGUGGUGGGACAGAGGGGGGAUGUGGGAAGGAGAAGUGUUGA